UAUUACAGGUAUUUCUCCUUGUGUCUAGGGACAACACCUAUUUAAAUAUAUUUGCUAGCAAAUAAAAGAUGGGACGAGAUUGAUUUAUAUCAGUGUUAGUUUUGUAUUUGUACAAGAACAAAAAACCAAUCCGAAAUAUGCCUUCUAGAAAAGCGACUAAAAGCGGGAAGUUGAAAGGUCAAAGCAGAAAUGGCGGGUCAAAGAAAGGAAAAGGAAAGAAAGGAGGAUCCGCAAAAAGAAGCAACUUGUCGCCGUUGACCAAUACAGGACCAGUAGAGAUUGACAUUUUAAGUCAAGCAGCAAUGGAAAACGCGUAUUUCAUUUGCCACAAUGCAGUCGACUGCUUGGAAAAGAGAGGAUUUAGUUGGCCUGCUGGUGGAGGAAAGAAAGGAGGGAAGAAGGGCAAAAAGGGGAAAAGAAAAAAGAAAUAAAUGUAAUCCAGACAAGAAACUUUUGUGACAUAUUAAUCAUAAAUCAGUGUGCCUUUUUUAGACAACUUUAAAAGAUGCCGCGUCGUUGAAGAAAUAGUGUUAUAUUCAAUAAAUCCGAACAAAAAUAAAUUACAAUAAUAAAUUUUAAAUUGCAGUGAAUUUAAUAUAAUGACAUGAGUUAUUUCUCAUGAAUUUUUGUGCAUGCUUAAUCUAUCCUAUGAUAUCGGACAAAUGAAUUUCUUAUGAAACAUAGGAAGAUUCCUUAUUGAUUCUAAUAUAUUAAAAUAUUUUUGUAAUAUAUAUAUCUAUCAUUAUGAUAAACAUAUAUUUAAUUAUCGAGUGUUUAACGUUAUCUAUGUGCCAUAAAAUAUAUGCACUUUUUGAAGA